UGAACUUAUGCAUAUAGGAGUUAACAUUCCUAAUAAUUGUCUCUGUUUUGACAGGUACCAGAGGUUUGAAAAGGCUUUUCUACUGGCGAUAGAUAUAGGUGCUCGAGACCUCUUCUUGGACAUUUAUUAUGUGGCUUUGGAUAAGGGUGAGUUGGCCCUGGCUGAAGUGGCUAAGAAGAAAGCUAAUGAGAUUGAUGCAGAAUCAAUAACAGCUGAAGUUGAAACUCUGGACUGCUUACAUGGAGGAGACCCUUUGAUAGGAGAGAGGGCAGAACUGCCUUCUGCCUCAGUUAAGAACAGGAAUCUUUCUUCAGGAUCAGGCAGCUGCAGUAGCAACAAUUCAUUGCAGUUUGGUGCACAGAACAAUCCUACUGACAGGUCUUCAUGCCAUAACAUGACCAGUGACAUGGGAAGUGAACUUGGGUUCAAUGCCUAUGCUGCAGCCCUGACCGCUGACCCUUUGGCUUGGACCCAGGCAGGGAAUUAUUUUGAUGGAGAAGGAGAGCCACAGGAACUUGAAAACAACAGCACUCUGAAAGUGAUACACUUUGGUCUAGUGUGAAAUGCAAUUUUGGUUUCUAAAUUGCAUGGUAGACAAAGUGUAAUACCACUUAAUUACCAUUAUGUUUGUCUAAAUAUUAUCAUAAAACCCAGGUAAUGCAGAAAAUGUUGCAACAGUUCAAAAAAAGUGAAUAAAUCUUUUACUCUUAACCUUCCAUUGCUUCUGUUCUACAGUCAUAUUGAUAACAGGUAGGCCUAUUUGAUACACUUCUUUAGAUGAUGAAUUUUUUAAUAUAUUCUUGUAUAAGGUAAAAGUUAUUUCAUUAUGCUGCUACAGUUGAAUUACUUACACUUCAUUCAGUAAAUUCUCUCUAUAGCCACAAAAAAGAACCAUAAGAUUUGGAUUCACAUAACCAGAAAAUUGUAAAUGUUCUUGUAGCUCAUUGUUUAUAAUAGGAGCAAAGUUCAUAAUGGACAGAAUUUAUUACGUUGUGACUUCAAAUGUCAAGGAAUUUAUACCCUUUCAUUAUCCAUUUAUCUUAUUUGUCCAUAAUAAUAACAUUUUGUACAUACAAAUUAGGAGCAGGAGUUGGCCAUUCAGCCCCUCAUGCCUGCUGCACCAUUCAAUAAGACCAUGGCAGAUCUGAUCGUGACCUCAACUCAACUUUCCUGCUUUGACUCCCUUGUUAAUCUAGAAUCUGUCUAACUCAGUCUUAAAAAUAUUCAAUGUGAUCCAGUCUCCACCACUGUCUGGGGAAGAAAAUUCCAUAGCCAAACUACCAUCAAAGAGAAAACUGUGUCUACUAGUUCUAAUCUCUCCCAUAAAGGGAAACAUCCUUACAGCAUCUAUCCUGUUAAGUCCUCUCAGGUUCUUAUUUAUACAAGGUGCUCCAGCUGUGGUUUCACCAAUGUCCUAUACAACUGUAACAAAAUGUCCCUACUUGUAUGUUCCAUUCUUCUUGUAAUGAUGACAACAUUCCAUUUGCCUUCCUGAUCACAUGCUGCCCUUGCACACCAACUUUUUCUGAUUCCUGUACCGGGCACCCAGAUCCCUCUGUGCAUAAGAGUUCAGCAAUCCUUCUCCAUUUAAAUAAUAUGCUGCUUUUCUAUUCUUCCUGCCUGAAUGAACAAGUUCAUAUUUUCCCAAAUUAUACAACGUCAUCUGUCAAGAUUUUACCUACUCGUUUAAUCCGCCUAUAUGUUUUUGCAUAGCCCUUCUGUCCCCUUCCCAACCUGUCUAUCUUUGUUUUAACUAUUUUCUUUAUGCAGUGAUUCCAAACAAGGUUGUCAUUAGAAAUACCACUAUUCUUUUCUGUUGAAUUUAAAUUCAGGUUAUUUUGAAAAAGAUGCCUUUUCUUUAAUACAGCAAAAUUCUCAUUGCAUUUUGAGAAUAAGCUGUUUGUAGCAAUGCCUUGACUUUAAACACAAAAUACACGCUUUAUCUACAAGAACUGUUUUUGUCCACUUCACUCAUGGCUUCUGUCAAAACUGAUGAUGGCCUGUAUGAGGGAUUAAUCUAGCAUCAAUCAGUGGUGUAUAAUCCUUCAUGCAUAGCAUUUUUCUUUGCUUUGUAUGUUAAGAGGAUUUGAGUUUAAAAUGCAUAAAUUGAUGCAAAAAAUCUGCAUAAGAUCAAAAUUAGUUCAUUUCUCAAAGUUUUUCUGUUCAUUUAGUUCCAUCUAUUCCAAAUUUUUAAACACCGGCGUAUUUAUAUAUAUAUUUCAGAUAUAGUCAUAACAUAGAUGAAGGACUUCAAUGAGUAUCCUUUCAAUGUGACUGCUAUUUUUGAAACUCUCAGUUAAUAUCCCAGUGCCUGUGAUAUUAUCAAACUUGUUUAAUGUUAUUGUGUGACAUGUCAAGUCUUCAUAUAAAGGUAUGGUAGAAAUGUCUUGUACGAACCAAUGAUGGAUUUGAAUGUACUCUACUAUAUAACUUGCAAAAUAUUAAAGUAUAACACCCAUAAUAAAUACUGUGUCAUAAGAAAACUGUGUAAAUGUUGGAAAUUAGAAACAUAAGACUUUCACAAUAUGUUAGUGAGCAUCUGUACUGAGAAGAGCUGAGAUGUAAUGUUUUGCAUAUGUAAUUCAUCAUGGGUUGUGAUGGCUGAAAGGUGAACACAGGUAUGCACAAUUUGCAGAAGUCACCUCUGGACAUUGCUCAGGUGUGGGGAUGCUGACCGAUGCAGAGAGCAAUAAGGAACAGAACCCAAAACUAAUUUCCCCCUUCCCUCGUUCAGGGAUUCUGGGAUAAUUGUGCUGACCUACUGCCAUCCUGCUUAAGAUGUCCUAAAUCCACGCUGAGCAAGGAUCAAACCAUUAACUUUUCUGACCUGUACUGCUUAGUGCUGUGUACCAACUGAGCCAGUAUUGACAUAAAUGUGUCAGCUCAUAUGAUUACCUGAAGUAUGCUCAAACCUAUAAUAUUCUGCUCAGAAGUUGGGAAUGUUAUCGAUCGGCCACUGUUUACUGCACAGGCAUACUGCUGAUGUUUAACCUGUUAAAAUUACACAGCAUGACAUCAGAGUGCAGACAAGCCUCAAACUAGAACCACCUUAACUAUCAGUAUGAUGUUAUACAGAGGAAUCUGGAACCAUCGCUACUUUUAACAGUUUACCCCUUCAGGUUGUACUAGGAUGGCUGAUCACAUAUUGACACUGACCUUACUCUGAGAGGAGGUUGAUGCACUGGCCUGACAGCAUUGUGGGCGUCCAUUGCCAAGUUUGCCACCUCAGAGCCACCCGCGCCUUAAAGACAGUUCACAUGUGUAGCUGAGAUGACAAGGUGUAGAGCUGGAUGAACACAGCAGGCCAAGCAGCAUCAGAGGAGCAGGAAAGCUGACAUUUCGGGUCUGGACCCUUCUUCAGAAAUCACAUGUGUAGCUGUUAGUUUGAGACGAAAUGCAUUUUGCACUUUAAUGUGAUGAGUAUGGUAUUGAGGCAUAAAAGAGCAUUCUAUUUUGGACUAUUUGGUUAGCAUUGUUUCCAGUUUUGAUUUCUAAUGUCAGUUACAAAGAAUUUUCUGGGACUUUAAAGGGAGAAUUAGUACAAAAAGUCUUUACGCACAGCCUUGAUGAAAACUGUGACGCGAGAAAAUAAAAUCUGUCUUAAUUUCACUGAAGCUCUGUGUGCCCAGAAUAUCAAAAUACACCUGGAUAAAAAUAUUAUCUCUUGUUGUAUCAAAACUCAUCUCAUCCAUGAUACCCAACUUCCCACUGAACUGUGACAAAGUUGGAUAGAUUUUGCACAGCAGGAUUUGGAAUAAGUUUACUUUGAUUCUGGCAAUCUGUGGCAAGGCAGCUGGUGAGCCCAGAUGGUGGUUAGCAGCAUGAUGUCUGGAGAGCAGGACUGGACUCUAGUGGUGAAACAGCAUCACAGAGGAGGGAGAACGAGCACAGUACGGAUAAGAUCGAGCCUUUGUGGGGAAGCCCAGCGUGGAAGGUCUGCAGGCCCACGGCUAAAGAAGGACUGUAAUUCUUUAUUUUGUCGACUUUUUAUACUAAGAAGAACUGUAAUGUCUAACUUUUAACUUAUCUCUUCAUUUUUGUACUUUGUUCCUAAGAUGUUGUACCUAGGUAUCUUUGUACUUAGUUGGUACUGGGAAUGGCGACAUUGUAAACUUUUCACUGUACUCCUGUAUCCCUGUACUUGAGUACACAUGACAA